CGUAACGGCAGCCGCAAGGGCUGAGGGCCAGUGGUGAGACUGCGCCCGGGAGUGACCCACAGCCUCAGAACAGGGACCGCGAGGGAAUGGUCAAGCACAAGAAGAAGUGUGGAGAGGCGCGUCUGGAGCCGCCCCGGACCCCCCGCACCAGGGCUAGGGAGCCGGAGGGGGAGGAUCCGGGCGUGGAUGAGGCCCCAGGGAGCCUGGACUGCCUCGCGGGGCUCCUGGCCUGGGUCCUGGCUUGGCUGUGGGAGAAGGCGCGCACCCUGCAGCUGUUCUGGACCCGCCUCGACGCCACGCUGGGGCUCGCUGCCUUUGUGGGAAUUCUGCAUUGGAUACAUUUAACAACACUUUUUGAGACUGACUGUCAUUUUUCUCACCUUUCAACUUUGGAACGCGAGAUGUCUUUUCGCAAUGAAAUGGGACUCUAUUAUUCUUAUUUCAAGACCCUUAUUGAAGCACCUUCAUUUUUGGAAGGCCUGUGGAUGAUUAUGAAUGACAGGCUUACUGAGUAUCCCCUUGUAAUUAAUACAGUGAAACGAUUCCAUCUUUAUCCAGAGGUAGUCCUAGCUUUCUGGUAUCGCACAUUCACAGGAAUAAUGAAUUUAUUUGAGGUGGAAACUAAGACCUGCUGGAAUGUCACCAGAGUGGGAUUUCCUAGUGAAGUUGAAAGCUGUGAAGGAUUUGGAGACCCUGCUUACUUUUAUGUGGGGGUGAUUUUUAUCUUAAAUGGUCUCAUGAUGGGAUUGCUCUUCAUCUAUGCUGCAUACCUGAGUGAGUCUCAAUUAGGAGGUCUAAUUACAGUACUGUGCUACUUUUUCAACCAUGGAGAGGCCACCCGUGUGAUGUGGGCGCCACCUCUGCGUGAGAGCUUUGCAUGUCCGUUCCUGGUGCUUCAGAUGUAUAUUCUGACCAUGAUUCUCAGGUCCUCCAACAAUUAUGGAAAACAUUACAUUGCCCUCUGUCUUGCCAAUGUUGCUUUUAUGCUUCCCUGGGAAUUUGCUCAGUUUAUACUUUUUACACAGAUGGCCUCAUUAUUUACCAUGUAUGUUGUGGGGUACAUUGAGCCAAGGAAGUUUCAGAAAAUUGUUUAUAUGAACAUGGUUUCAGUUGUCCUCUGUUGUAUUUUGAUGUUUGGGAAUCCAGUGUACUUAUCUUCUUACUAUUCUUCAUCUUUGUUAAUGACAUGGGUGAUAAUUCUAAAGAGAAAUAAAAUUCAUAGAUUCAGAGUAUCUGAACUCAACUUGUGGCUAAUUCAAGGUUGUGCUUGGUGGCUUGGAACAAUCAAUUUGAAACUUCUAACAUCUAAAAUCUUAGGGGUUUCAGACCACAUUUGCCUGAGUGACAUUAUAGCAGCCAGAAUUUUACGUUAUGCAGAUUUUGAUACUUUAAUAUACACCUGUGCUCCUGAAUCUUACUUCAUGGAACAAGUGACUCCACUGAGAUACACAAAAACGUUAUUGCUUCCAGUUGUUAUGGUGAUUACUUGUUUUAUCUUUAAAAAGACUAUUCAUGAUGUUUUACGUGCCUUAUCUACAAACACUUACCUAAGAAAAAAGCUGCUUGAACAUGGUGAGGUAAAGGUCUCCUCAUUUUACUCUCUGCUGGUUUUUCAUGCAUUGCAGUUGUUAGCAUUUGCUGCCCUUGCCAUUUUGAUUUUGAGACUGAAGCUGUUUUUGACACCGCACAUAUGUGUUAUGGCUUCCUUGAUCUGCUCUCGACCGCUCUUUGGCUGGCUUUUUAACAGAGUUCAUUUUGAGAAUGUUAUCUUUGGAAUUGCAAUAAUGAUGUCAAUACAAGGCUGUGCAAACCUCCAGAAUCAAUGGAGAAUAAGAGGAGAAUUUAUUAAUUUGCCUCAGGAAGAACUUCUACAUUGGAUCAAAUACAAUACCAGACCAGAUGCUGUUUUUGCAGGCAUCAUGCCGACAAUGGCGAGCAUCAAGCUGUCCACACUGCACCCCAUUGUGAACCACCCACACUACGAGGAUGCAGACUUGAGGGCCCGAACAAAAAUAGUUUAUUCUGUGUAUAGUCGAAAAUCUGCCAAAGAAGUGAGAGAUAAAUUAAUUGAAUUACUUGUGAAUUAUUAUGUUUUAGAAGAAGCAUGGUGUUUUGUGAGAACCAAGCCGGGUUGCAGUAUGCUGGAAAUCUGGGACAUGGAAGACCCUUCCAACUCAGCCAACCCCUCCCUCUGCAGAACCCUGCUCCAGGACGAAAGGCCUUACUUCACCACCGUGUUUCAGAAUGCCGUGUACAGAGUGUUGAAAGUUAACCGAGAAGCAGACCACAUAAGGUUCGUCUGAUCAAAGGAGAUGGUGCAAAGAGAGCAUCAAGGACACACACACUUAACAUUCAUUAAAAUCACAAGCUUUAAUAAGAGAUGCUUAAUAUAAUCACACACUUACAAUGACUGAUUGCAAAAGACAAAUUCAUUGUUCUCCAUUGAAUGUCAGCCUUAUUAAGCUGGUUAUAUGGAUUAUUUUACUAAUGCUCAGGAAAGAUCUUUUAUAAUUUCUAAUAAAUUUUUAAAAAUCA